AUGAGCAACCUCAAGAGAAAGGACGCCCCUGGCGGCAAUCCCCCUUCAAAAUCAGCAAAGAAUACAAAAGAAGCCCGACCUACAACAAAAGAAAAAGUCGGCAAAGAUGCGAAGCCCGCUCCCAAGAAGAGCGCUGAGGCGCCUGAGAAGGCUCCCGUUGUCUCCAUCUUGAAGGAGGAGGAACCAAUGUUCCCUCGAGGUGGCGCCAGCAUUCUCACUCCUCUCGAGCAGAAGAAGAUCCAGAUCGAAGCCAAGGCUGAUGCUAUGCGCGACGAGGAAUUCAACACUGCUAGCAAAGACCAAAAGAAGAAGAAGCGCAAGACCGCUCUGAAGAGCGACAAGAAGCCAAGCAAGAAGAAUGGAGACGAGGAGGAGGAACAAGCAGUGCGAGUUGAGAGUCUCAGCUUCAAGAAACUGGUCAAGGGAUCUCUUGUCCUCGCGCAGGUCACACGAAUUAACAACCUCGAAGUCGAAGUCGCAUUACCAAACAACCUUACCGGUCACAUCUCAAUUGUUGCCAUCUCUCCCCAAUUGACUGAACGUCUCGAGAAAGAGACCGCUGACAAGGAAGAUGACGAUGAGGAGGAAGCCGAAGACGACGAGGGUAUCGAUCUGAAGUCAAUCUUUGCUAUCGGGCAGUACCUCCGAGCCUACGUGGUGUCCACUGUUGAGGAGUCUACCACCGGUGGAAAGGGCAAGCGACGCAUCGAACUCUCUCUGCGACCCAGUGAGGCCAACAGUGGUCUGGACAAGGACGACGUCGUUCCCAACGCUACUGUUAUGGCAUCAGUUGUCAGUGUCGAGGACCGUGGUUUCGUGAUGGAUACUGGUGUUGAGAAUCUCGGUGGUUUCUUGUCCCGAAACGAGGUCGAUAAGAACAUUGACGAAAAGAGAUUGCAGCCCGGUUCUGUAUUCCUGUGCCAGGUUGUCAGCAAGGGCGCCAACGGCAAGAUGGCACAGCUUUCGCUUCAGCAGAAGAAGAUUGGCAACCCCAAGAAUCUCCCAGCCGACGCAACCACCAUUAACACUUUCCUUCCUGGUACCAUGGCCGACGUCCUCGUCUCUAAUACCGAUCGACGAGGUCUAUCUGGAAAGCUUUUGGGUCACCUUGAUGUGACAGCCGAUAUCAUCCACUCUGGUGUUGGUCCAGCUGGUGUGAGCUUGGAUACAGCCUACAAGGUUGGUUCAAGAGCUAAAGCUCGUGUUAUCUGCAACUUCCCAGGUGCCAGAGAGCCCAAGCUUGGUAUCUCUCUUCUUCCCCACAUCACCACUCUUGAGAAGAAGAGACCUACCAAGUCAACAGACUCAAAGAAGAACCCCACUCAAGUGCUACCUAUCUCAUCUCUGGUAGAGACUUGCACAGUUCGCCAUGUUGAGCCCGAUAUUGGUCUGUUUGUUGAUAUCGGUAUUCCUGGUCUUAGUGGAUUCGUCCACAUCUCCCGAGUCAAGGAUGGCAAGGUUGAGGCACUUUACGAGUCGAGCGGUCCUUACAAGGCUGGCUCAGAGCACAAGGGUCGUGUCGUCGGCUACAAUGAAGUCGACGGCCUGUUCCAAAUAUCUUUCGAACAGUCUGUUCUUGAGCAGCAAUAUCUUAGACUCGAGGAUGUUCCCAUCGGCGCUGUUGUGACAUGCGAGAUCGAGAAGGUUGUCGUUGACGAGAGAGGUGUUAGUGGUUUGAUCGUCAAGGUGGCAGAAGGAAUCAGUGGUUUCGUCCCUGAGCAGCAUCUUUCUGAUGUACGACUACAGCACCCCGAGAAGAAGUUUCGACAAGGCAUGAAGGUCAAGGCUCGAGUCCUCUCUACCGAUUUGAUCAAGAAGCAGAUGCGUCUCACCUUGAAGAAGACCCUCGUGAACUCUGAGGCUCCUGUUGUUAAGUCUUACGACGAAGUCACCGUUGGCAUGCAGAUUCCUGGUACCAUCAUCAAGGUCCUGUCAUCCGGUGCCAUCAUCCAGUUCUUCGGCACUGUCCAAGGGUUCCUGCCUAUCUCCGAGAUGAGCGAGGCCUAUAUCAAGGAUCCCAAGGAACACUUCCGACCUGGCCAGGUGGUCAGCAUUCACGUUCUCGAUGUCGAGGCUGAGGCUAGAAAGCUGGUCGUCUCUUGUAAAGACCCUUCUGCUUUCGGUCUGGAUAAGCAGAACGCUCUCAAGAAGCUCCAGCUUGGCAACACUGUCUCCGCCAAGGUUACACAGAAGACUGAAGAUGAAGUGUUUGUCGAGCUCGUUGAUUCUCAGCUUAAGGCCACCCUACCUGUUGGUCAUCUGACUGACAAAUCCAACUCCAAGAACCAAUAUGCUCUCAAGCGUAUUGCCGUUGGGCAGACUCUUUCUGAUCUGGUCAUUAUUGAGAAGGACGACAACCGACGUGUUAUCGUCCUUAGCCACAAGCCCAGCCUUGUCAGCGCCUCAAAGGACAGAACUCUUCUUACUAGUUUCGAGAAGGCUAAGGAAGGCAAGAUCGUUGCUGGCUUUGUUAGAAACAUCACCGUUACGGCUAUAUUCGUCCAGUUUGCUGGAACCCUGACUGCUCUCCUUCCUAAGAGCCGACUAGCUGCCGACGUCCAGGAGCAACCUGACUUUGGCAUGCAUAAGCACCAGUCAAUUGAAGUCAAGAUCAUUUCCGUCAUUCCUGAUCACCAGCGUAUUGUAGUUGCCCCCGCUGACUACGAUGAAUCCGCUGAGCUGGACAAGAAGAGCAAGGCUAACGACAAGCCUGCUGCUUCGGACGACAUCAAGUUCGGAACCAUCGCAAAGGCAAAGGUCACCUCUAUCAAGGAUACACAGCUCAACGUUCAACUCGCCGACAGCAAGGUUCAGGGUCGCAUUGACGUUUCUCAAAUCUUUGACAAGUGGGAAGACAUUCCUGACCCUAAGGAUCCCCUCGACAAGUACAACAAGCACCAGAAUAUCUCUGUCCGUGUGAUGGGAGUCCACAAUGCCAAGGAUCACCGAUUCUUGCCAUUUUCUCACCGUUCGCUGCACUCUGUGCUUGAACUUACCGCUAAGCCUAGCGACAUCGAGGCCAAGACUCUCGAGCCCCUCUCCCUCGAGAAGCUCAAGGUUGGUGACACACAUGUCGCCUUUGUCAACAAUGCUAGUCCCAAGCACCUCUGGGUCAACCUCUCCCCUUCAGUUCGUGGUAGAAUCCCCGCCAUGGAGGCGUCAGAUGACUUGUCACAGCUCAACGAUCUGGAGACGAACUUCCCCGUUGGUUCUGCCUUGAAGGUCAGAGUGACAGGCGUGGAUGCCCGCAACAACCGUCUCGACCUUUCAGCUCGUUCGUCUAACUCAUCUGAGGCUGUUUCCUGGAAUGCUCUCAAGCAGAAUAUGGUUCUUCCCGGACGCAUUACCAAGGUCAACGAGCGCCAGGUCCUGGUCAAGCUUAGUGAGCUUGUCUCGGGUCCCGUCCACCUCCCUGAUAUGGCCGACGACUUCGAUACCAUUAACACUCUUGAGCAGAAGAAGGGUGAUAUCGUCCGUGUUUCUGUCGUCGAGCUGGACUCAAGUAACAAGAGACUUCGCCUUUCCACCCGUCCUUCUCGUAUCAUGAGUUCAACCCUCCCAGUCAAGGACAAGGAAAUCAGCGACGUGUCCCAGCUCGAUGCCGGUGACAUUGUUCGAGGAUUUGUCAAGAACGUCUCAGAUAAGGGAUUGUUCAUCCUUCUUGGAGGACAGGUCACUGCCCUGGUAAAGAUCUCUAAUCUGUCAGACCGUUAUCUGAAGGAAUGGAAGGAUAACUUCCAGGUUGAUCAGCUUGUUAAGGGUCGCAUCAUCUCCGCUGACAAGCAGACUCGGCAAGUUGAGAUGAGCUUGAAGUCUUCGGUUGUUGACGAAGACUACACUCCUCCUACAAGAUACACUGAUCUUAAGGAGGGUCAAGUUGUCACAGGCAAGGUCCGCAAGGUCGAAGAGUUUGGUGCUUUCAUCUUAAUCGACGACUCCGACAAUGUCAGUGGUCUCUGCCAUCGUAGUCAAAUGGCUGAGCAGCCUGUUAAGGAUGCCACAAAGCUUUACAAGGAAGGCGAUGCUGUCAAGGCUCGUGUCCUAUCGGUUGAUGCUCAGAAGCGACGUGUCACAUUUGGCUUGAAGCCUUCGCUAUUUGAGGAUGUCGACACCGACAUGGACGACUCUGACGCGGGUGUUGGCCUUGAGGAUGACAGCGAUGAUGACGAUGUUGAAAUGGACGACACUGAAGCUAUUCUUAAGAUUCUCGGAACAGACAACGCUGGCGACUCAGACUCAGAGGACGAGGACGAGGACGAGGACGAUGAUAACGAGGAAGACGAAGAUGAUGAAGAUAGCGAUGAGGACGUCGAGAUGGAGGAUCAACCAGCCAAGAAGUCCAAGGGUCUCGGUGCUGGCAAGAAGUCGGAGUGGUCUGCUGAUCCCUUCGAUGAGCCAGAGUCUGAGUCAGAGGAACAGCCAAAGGACGCCGAAAAGACCAAGAAGAAGAAGCGAAGCAGAGACGAGAUCCAAAUUGACCGAACUGCUGAGCUCGACGCCAACGGUCCCCAGACCUCUAGCGACUACGAGCGAUUGUUGCUUGGACAGCCUGACUCCUCAGAACUGUGGAUUGCUUACAUGGCUUUCCAGAUGCAAGUCUCUGAGCUUUCCAAGGCCCGAGAGGUUGCUGAGCGAGCCAUCAAGACCAUCAACAUCCGUGAGGAGACCGAGAAGCUCAACGUCUGGGUCGCUUACCUCAACUUGGAGGUUGCCUACGGAACCAAGCAGACUGUGGAGGAGGUGUUCAAGCGGGCUUGCCAAUACAACGACCAACAGGAAGUCCACGAGCGACUGGCCAGUAUCUACAUCCAGUCUGAGAAGCUCAAGGAUGCUGAAGCCUUGUUCGAGACAAUGGUCAAGAAGUUUGGCGCCAAGUCUCCCAGCGUCUGGCUCAACUACGCCCACUUCUUGCACGUUACCAGAAAUAACCCUGCUGGAGCUCGUGCUCUUCUUCCCAGAGCUGCACAGCAACUCGGCCAGUCUCAGCACCAAAACUCCAAGAACAGCGAAAUCCAACAAAACCUUAUGAGCCGCUUCGCCGCUCUGGAGUUCCGAUCUCCUAACGGUGAGCCCGAGCGUGGACGUACCAUGUUCGAGGCUCUUCUCGAUAGCUACCCCAAGAAGGGUGAUCUCUGGAACCAGCGUCUCGAUCUCGAGCUUGGACUUUCAGAGCCUGAUCCUACUGCCGUUCGCGAUGUCUUCGACCACCGAACACGUGCUAAGGGCUUGAAGCCACAGCAGGCAGAGAAGUGGUUCAGACGCUGGGCUGAUUGGGAGGAGAAGAUGGACCCCAAGGGCAGAAGCAAGGUGAUGGCUAAGGCUCAAGAGUGGGCGGCCAGCUUCAAGGCUAAGAAGGAGGCUGCUGCUGUUGCGGCGGCAGCUGAGGCGGAUGAGAUGGAAGAGUAG